AUGAAAGAGAGAGAAGGAGAAUUCGAAAAUAAGCAAUCAGAUAUAGAACUAGUUCUUCACGUUGGGUGCACAAGAACGUAUUGUGAGAACGAAACAAAGAGAAGUGAAUUGGCAGAAGCCCUGAAACAAGUCCAGAACAAAUUCCAGAAAUUAAUAGGCGAAAAAAACCAGGCUCUUCGAGAUCUAAAGGCUAUGCAAAACCAAAAUACAGAGCUAAUAAGACAGAUUAAACAAAUGGAGGAACGAAUAGCAGAGCUAGAGAAAGAGCAGACGUGGGAUAUAUUAGUACACGAAGAUGCUAGUAAGGAAGAAUCGGAUCUAUUGUUGGAAAUAGAAGAAGUAAAAAUAACAAAAGAAGAUCUAGAUGAAUAUUUAAAUAGUUAUAAAUAA